AUGCUCAGGAAGAGGUUUCUCUGGUCUACACCCACCACCACCCCUGAACUCUCUCCUACCUCCUCCGACAGCGACUCGGACGAGGACAUGGACUCCUCUUCCCGACCGGUCAGCCUGGCCGUCUCGGUAGGAGCCUUUGGUCCCAUGCGUCCGACCCUCAAAGAAGUUUUGGCCAACACCGCUCCUCCACCCUACACCCUGAGUGCAUUCAUGGCCUAUCUCUCACAAAACCACUGUCUCGAAACUCUGGAAUUCACCCUGGAAGCCAAACGGUAUCGCGACACCUAUUACAAUGCUCUCGAUCAACGCGGUCAGGUCGUAUUGGCCCCCAACAGCCCCGAGGGCCAACAUCUCCGUAUGCUGUGGCAGCGCCUCCUCACAGCCUACAUCUUCCCCGGCGCCCCACGAGAGAUUAAUUUGUCGAGCGAAGUCCGCGAUGCCCUCCUGCGUCACAUCAACAUCUCCUCGCCCCCACCGCCCGAAACCCUCGACUCGGCCGUCGAACGUAUUCACGAUCUGAUGGAGGAGUCGAUCUUCCUACCUUUCUUGAACAGCCAAGCCGCCUCACCGUCCAUCGGCCCGUUGUCCGACCCGCCCCAAGGGCCAGAGGACCACAUGAACCUGUCCAUCUCAUCCCUGGAUGAAAACCCCGUCAAGCGCGUACGCUCGCGGCCCAGGCGGACAUCGCCGCAGUCAUCGACCAAGGACCUCUCAUCCCCGGUCCACGGCCAUCAUGCCGGUCGCUCCAAUCUGUCCCUGAGUGCCGUCCACCACGCCAUUGGAAAGCGCGCCUCGGGUCCCUUCUCCAGCGCCAGCGCCGAGUCCAGCCUCACCGACGACUCCAGCAGUCCGCAGUGUAGCCCAACGGUGGAAGAGCCUAUAACUCCUAUGACUCCGCCGACCACCCCGCCAGCCAACGAACCCAACCUGCCCGUCAGCCCUAGGACCCGCACGGAUAACCCGUGGAAGAAGAUGGGCAUGAAGCUGGGUUUCAAGAAGCGCUCCGGUGGCGCGAGCCGCGAUCCCAAGAUUUUGGGGGUGGACGAUCAACUUUGA